CCCAGUUUGGGAACUGAUGCAGUGGCACAUCCUCAAGAGCCUCACCACCCUGCUGAGAAGCCAGUUAUCCAUUGCCAUAAAUGUGGGGAGCCAUGUAAAGGCGAAGUGCUUCGUGUCCAGGCCAGACACUUUCACAUCAAGUGUUUCACCUGCAAAGUGUGUGGCUGUGACCUGGCACAAGGAGGCUUUUUCAUUAAGAACGGGGAGUACCUUUGCACGUUGGAUUACCAGCGCAUGUAUGGAACCCGCUGCAACGGCUGCGGUGAAUUUGUUGAAGGAGAAGUAGUGACAGCUCUGGGCAAAACCUACCAUCCGAAUUGCUUUGCCUGUACUAUUUGCAAGCGCCCAUUUCCACCAGGAGACCGAGUUACCUUUAAUGGAAGGGACUGUCUCUGUCAAAUGUGUGCUCAACCAAUGUCAUUCAGUCCGAAAGAGGUGUCCAGCACCAGCAACUGUGCUGGCUGUGGAAGAGAUAUAAAAAACGGACAAGCACUACUAGCACUGGAUAAGCAGUGGCACCUGGGAUGCUUUAAGUGCAAGGCCUGUGGGAAGGUUCUGACUGGGGAAUACAUCAGCAAGGAUGGUGUCCCUUAUUGUGAAAAGGAUUAUCAGGUUCUCUUUGGAGUCAAAUGUGAAGCGUGUCACCAGUUCAUCACAGGGAAAGUCCUGGAGGCAGGUGACAAGCAUUACCAUCCAAGCUGUGCACGAUGCAGCAGAUGCAACCAAAUGUUCACAGAAGGAGAGGAAAUGUACCUGCAAGGUUCCACUGUCUGGCAUCCCGACUGUAAGCAAUCCACGAAGGCAGAAGAUAAGCUCCGGCUGUUGUCACCGCCUUGCAUAAUGAACUCGAUCAAAAAACUAAGGCAGCCAACAAGAACAUCCUCUGAAAGUAUUUAUUCCAGACCAGGUUCCAGUAUACCUGGCUCACCAGGCCAUACUAUCUAUGCAAAAGUAGACAAUGAGAUCCUUGAUUACAAGGAUUUAGCUGCCAUUCCCAAAGUCAAGGCCAUUUACGACAUUGAACGUCCAGACCUAAUUACCUACGAACCAUUCUACACUUCCGCCUACGAGGACAGACAAGACAGACAGAGUCUUGGAGAGUCUCCAAGGACACUGUCUCCUACACCGUCUGCAGAAGGUUAUCAGGAUGUUCGGGAUCGAAUGAUUCACAGGUCAACUAGCCAAGGCUCUAUCAGUUCUCCUGUAUACAGUCGUCACAGCUACACACCCACAAUGUCACGCUCCCCUCAGCAUUUUCACAGACCUGGCAAUGAGCCGUCCAGCGGUCGGAACUCCCCUGUCCCUUAUCGGCCAGACAGCCGCCCUCUAACUCCAACUUACGCUCAGGCCCCUAAACAUUUCCAUGUUCCAGAUCAAGGGGUCAACAUUUACAGAAAACCACCCAUCUACAAACAGCAUGAUGCAGCUGCUUUGGCAGCACAGAGCAAGUCCUCCGAGGAUAUCAUCAAGUCCUCCAAGUUCCCAGCAGCCCAUGCGCCAGCACCCAACGAGAUACCAAAGAUUGAGACGGACCACUGGCCAGGUCCUCCCUCCCUUGCGGCCGUAGGCGCUGACAUGAGACGCAGAUCAAGCGGCAGAGAGGAAGAGGAUGAGGAGCUACAGAGACGUCGACAGCUACAGGAGGAGCAGCUCAUGAAGCUCAACUCAGGGCUGGGACAGUUGAUAUUAAAAGAAGAAAUGGAAAAGGAGACCCGUGAUAGGUCAUCCCUUUCUGCCAGUCGUUAUGACUCUCCAGUGAAUUCAUCACAUGCUGCAGCCUCCAAGACCUCCUCUCUUCCUGGCUAUGGAAGAAAUGGACUGCACAGGCCGGUGUCCACAGAUUUUGGUCAGUACAACAGCUAUGGUGACGUGAGCGGUGGUGGUCGAGAUUUCCAGUCCCUCCCGGAUGGUCAUGUCCCUGGAAUGAGAAUGGACAGAGGAGUGUCUAUGCCUAACAUGUUGGAACCAAAGAUUUAUCCAUAUGAAGUGCUCAUGGUGACCAACAGAGGACGAAAUAAAAUACUAAGAGACGUGGACAGAACCAGGCUUGAGCGCCACCUAGCCCCUGAGGUUUUCCAGGAAAUAUUUGGCAUGACGAUACAGGAGUUUGACAAGUUACCUCUGUGGAGACGCAACAACAUGAAGAAAAAAGCAAAACUCUUUUGAGCUAUCCACAUCCGUGUCCCCUUAGCCGACCGACAGCAAAUGCAUAGGAUAACAUGCUGUAUAGUCUCAACUCCAUCUGGAGAGGAGCCACUCCUUCACAAAAAGGGAAAACCUGAUAAGGACACUUGCAUUCGUAGCGAUUGGGCCAACACGAACACUUGCCAAUGGGGGCAGAGGGGAGGAAAUUUCUGUGUUCAGAAAUCUCAACAAUAGUUUUCACGUGUAUAAACUUUUUACAUGAUGUUGUAUAACACAAUAGGAAGCUGCUCUUUUCUCCUCCACAAUAAUAUUCCCUUUAUUUUUUUUGUCUAUAAUACAAUGGAUUUAAUUGCUAGAGCCAGAAAGUGCCCUUAGGAUGCUUAGUAAACCGAAGUAGCUGUAAUCACUCCAAGAAUUGAAUAUAUAUAUAUAUAUAUGUGUGUGUGUGUGUAUCUAUCUAUAUAUAUAUAUAUUCUGUAGGUAAGGAAAAAUCCUGUAUAUCCAUACAAUGACAGAAAUCUCAUUUUUUGCACAACUGUUCCUUAAUUGGCACUCUUUUCAAAUGGCAUAUUCCUCUUGUGAUUCCAACCAGUGAGGCAGGCAGACUGCUCUGUUUUGCUGCAUACCAACCGAAUUAUUGGCAAACAAACUCCCCGCUUGUCCUUGUAUAUAUUUGCUAGGGUAUCAGUAGUGAAUUGCUGUGUUUGUUGUCUAAUCUUCCCUCCUCCACACUUUCUGCUUCAAUUAAUGUGACUUGGGCUUAGCCAGUCAUUUAAGUAACGGGAAUGGUGGAGAAGUAGCAGUUUUCCAGUUGUGUAGUCUGGGGUUUGGGAUGGGAAUAAGUAAAAUGUUUAAAGAAAAAAAGAUUCUCAAAUAUGCCCUGGUUCACCCCCACAGAAUAGGGGCCAAAUUCCCUGCCAGGAAAAAUAACUUCCGGGGAGUUGAAGUGAUUGAUACCAGCAGAGAAUCUAUAUCCUGUGCGAGCAGACAUAAUUUAACUGCUCUUGUGCGAAAAGAUGCAAUCUUGCAGCAUCUUGUGCCGACAUAGAGUUUUAGUUAAACCACUGCUGCAGUUGCAGACACUGAUGUAGCUGCGUGGUAGAUGAAGUUAAGUACUCUCUCUUUGGGUUCUAACAGAAUUUCACUUGUGCUUUAAAAGGAGGGUUUGAAAUUUUUCUUUCUUUCUUUCUUUUGAUGCUACAAAGCUGCAGCCUUGGUUAUUUAUAUUUUUAUUUUCCUUUUCCUUUGUGCUUGGCAUGGUUUGCAGGGAAGGCAAAGGAUGGUUGACCAAGUUACACUCAUAUAGCUUGCAGGUUUUUCCCACUGUGCUGCAGUCUGUAUAUAACUGAAUGGCUUGGAGAGCAGGCUGUGUCCACAGGAGGACGCGAGUACCACAUUGAUCUAUCUCCCUGAAUGAAUGCUUGGCUGCUGAAAGCUCAGCUUCUUCUCUUCCUCGGUACUUAACUGCCAACAUAUAAAUGUAUUGAUAGGCCUCUCCUUUGCUUGUGGGCGAUUGCCUUUUAGGUUCAGUGCAAGUCUGGUGAGACAUAUCAAGGUUUCACUUUUAGGGUUAAGUAAUCAUUGUGGGAGACACCAAACACCUGUGUAUUUUCUGUUGCUGGAGACAUGAGAAGGCAGUGACCAAGUCUUCCAGAUCCUGUAGGAGCUGAGAGAUCUGGUAUCAUUGCACUGAGUUCCCCCACACACUGCCUUUAGUCACUUCUGCUGCAGCAGGGCAGCGGGCUGAUCCUUUUCCAUUUCCAGGAUAGACCAAAUCCUGCUUCCUCUUGCCCAGGACACACUAAUGCCACAGCAUCAGUGCGGUCCCACUGAAGAAGUCUGGGUUGAGGGUUCAGUAUUUGGGGAGACUGUUUCAAGGGGUUCACCUAUCAUGCAUGCUCAGGUUAAGGAAAUAGUGCAAAGCAGUGGAUGAGCUGGUAGGGUUGCUGCUAUACAGGCCUAGUAGACAUUACCUUCAUGGAGUAAGUGUGCAGAAGCUUUCAGCAGAUACUGGGACAUUAGCCCACAUUGAUCCCUGAGGUAACUCCACUGACUUUGCUGGGGUUUCAGCAAGGAUCAGUUCAGCAUGUUUUAUGCCAUAUUCCAGAACAAGCAUAAUAAGUAUUUCCAGAUUAGUUUGUCAAAUUAGUGGGAGUGUUAUGGACACUGCAAGAUCAGAUGCAAACUGGGAUUACCAGGAAAAGGAGCAAAUGGCUCGUGAUUUGGGGUUUAGUUGGGUGGGAUUUCUGGAAAUGUGGUGUUGAUUGCUGGCAGAUUUCAAGAUUUGGGGGGGGUCAUUUCCCAAAAUAUGUUAGACCCCACAUAACAGUGGGGAGGUGCAUGUGAGCAACAUAUUAUAAGAUCAGGGUGUUGGACAUAGGAAUAAAUUAACCAUGUGUUAAAAUGGGACAGGUUUUCCAUUCAUCAGCUUCUUUACAAACCUGGCCAGGUGCACACUCCUGUUCCAUGGUAAGUGGAAGCUACAUAACUCCUCUUUCACUGAGGACUAAGCCAGUGUUUCCCAACCUUUUCCGGUCCAACGCACUCUUACAUUAAUAAAAAUUUUCUGCGGCACACCUAUUAAGGCAUUCCCCAUCCUCAUACCUAUUGUAGCGCAUUGCCAUGGCAAAACUGCGCAGCACAUCUGUUCAUUUCCAACAGCACAUCUUUGUGCUGCAGCACACUGGUUGGGAAAGACUGGACUAAGCUACCACAUCUUCUGCUUAGCACAGGGCAGGAAUGUGCACAUGGCUGUUACCACUGAGCACCUGAUGUGAAGCCCACUCCUUUUGGCACCGUGAUGAGUCCUUCUGCUGUCCUUGCCCUCAGUCAUCUUCCCACUUUUACUUUUCACUUCAGGCUGCAUUGCUUAGCAUUCCUCUGAGGCCACUCUUGCCCCUUGAAGCUGCACUCCUUUUCUUAGAAAAACAUAAAAGGCUCAGACAGAAGUGACAAUUUUUGCCCAAUCUGAUCACUGAAAGUGCUCUACAGCUGUGAGCAAACACAAGCGCAUGGCUGCAGAGCAUUUUAAAAGGGCCUGAUCCUGCAACAGUCUGAACCCUCAUUGCAUGAGGGUUCAGAUGAAGAUGUUCCAAAAUGGAGUGCCUUCAAUAACUUGUACCUGUGCAUGCUGGGAGCAGGGCUGCUCCCAGUGCUGUUUUCAGGCUGGGAGUGGGGGAAGGAAGCAGAGGGAGUUUGGUCUGCGGUUUUUUAAGCUGAGGUGGGGGGGCUCCAAUUCACCUGCCUCACCCUCCACCACCAGCUGGGCAACCCCCAGAAUGAGCUCCCUCUGCUCCCUUUCCCCCCUCCCAUGCUGAAAACAGUGCUGGGGCUGGAAGAGGGGUAGGAUGUUGCUAGGGUAGAGUGGAUGCAAGCUCACAGCUGCUCUAAACAGCAGCUUAAUUCUCCAACCCCCAAAACCCAACAGCAAACAUCUGCUGGGUCCAGGUGAGUGUUGUAACUCAUGGCGGUUCCUACAUAGCGCCAUGAGUUACAAUGGGGAGCUGCUCUUCUGCCUGCACCUGAAGAGAUGCUUAAGUGGGAAAGACAUCUGCACAGAGCAGAAGAGGGCAAUAGAGGAGCUGCUAUAAUUGUCCUUCGAAGUCACGGCUUGCCCACUCAGUGGCAGUGGUGAAUUCUGGUGCUUGAGGGUCUGACAUGCUCCAAGACCCAGAAAUACAUCACUGAGGAGGCUCCAGGCUUGUCCACCCUUGCCACCUUCAAGAAUGCCAAAGACUGAGCAAGGAAGAACAGCUUCAGAGGGACACCUCCCAGCAUCUUCACCAGUAAACAUCCAGCUGCAGUGCUGCUUAUGGGCAAGGGUGGAUGGGUUGCAGACAGGGCAUGCUUGAGCCUAUCUGGGCUAGAACUUGCUGCCACCCUUAGUUUUUCCAUUACCAAGAGCAUGCCUACAGGAUGGGACUUAUGAGAGUUGAAGAGAAAGGUGUAAAGGUAAAGUCACAAUAAACUCUGGCAUGAGUACAAUACAAAGGGGCCUUAUGUUACUGUAGCUAAACCUCGCACUACAGCAACCCAAGUUUGCUUCAGCUCUGAAUAAGAGCAUCUACGCAAGUGCUUUACCUUCACUUCUUUAGUUAAUUCAUUUAACUUUCCUGACUGUCCUCCUGUUGACAAGCCCUCCAAGACUCCCUGCCUUCGAGAAGCAGGGCUAUAGUCACAGGGUACAUCUUUUCUCUGGCAAGGAGAAAGUGCUUCAAGCUUUUCUGCUGCAUAAGGCAAGUACCCUCUGCCUGAUAAACACAGAAACACAGCCCCAGGGAAAACGUCCUUCGUCAUUUGGUGAGUCAUUUCCCUAGCACCAUUCCAGUGUUGCUUUACUUUUGUGUAACUCCACUAGAUAUGGGUAAAAUCACUUCUUCCUCCAACUUUUCCUUAAGAUCUGCUGCUCUUAAAUUUGUGUGACUUCCAUGGUGUAGAAUAAGAGUUGUACAGAACUUUGUAUCAAGUCCCAGAACCUGUAAAACACUUCAGUUCGUGUUUCAUACGAAGCACAUGCUGAAGUCUCUCUCUCUUCUGCAAAGCAUUUAAGCAUGUGCUUAAAUCCCAUUAAAGCCAUUGCCAUGGCCAGUCAGUCAUUGUAAAAGGCCUUUAAACCAGUUGCGUGUCUCACUUUUUUAUCACGUGGUUAAUUUGAUAAGAAUGAUGAUAUGGUCAUGGCAAAAUAUCAAGAUAGGCACCUAAGGUGCAAUUGCAAAAUUCCCACUAGUGUAUGCAAAGCAGAUGGUUUUGCUUACUUCAAUAGGGGACAAAUACCAACUCAUAUAAUUUCUUAUUUGCAUAUCCACGUGUAUUUUCUGUCAUGCAGUUGUCUGAAUGCUCCAAUCUUCAUGUGUUUUGAGUGCUUAAAUAGAGUCACAGUGCAAAAUGUAUUAAUGUAUUAAUUGGUGCGAAAUUUGGCCAGGGGCAAAAUGUUACUUAGAGGGACACUUGCAUCAUUGUUUAUUCACAGAGGAAUGCUAUGUAUAUCUUGGCAAUGUUCUUCAAUCUAGUUGGACCCAGAAAUUUGGCUUUUUGUCCUUUCAACAGUCAACUAAAGGGUAGAAAAAUAUCGGGAGAAUUUUCAUAGAAACAAGUAGGAAACAGUUGUAUCUUGGAAGAGGAAGAGUUAGCCGAUCCAGUCUCCUUCCUUUAAAUUGCUUCUUCUUCCUUCCCCACAAGCUAAACUUGAAAGUCUGUAUGAUAUCAGUGUAAAUGCACUCUUUGCACUGGGUCUUUUCUGCAGACAGUAGAAUUAAGCCAGUAGCUGGAAGAUCUGCAAGUUAUAUCAACUUUUAGCUUCCUAGCCAGACAGCAUGGGCCACUGUGGCUUCAGCCAACUCGAGAAACUCAGCAUAGCUUCCAAACCCCAAUCCAGAAUGCAGUUUUUGACAGACUUGCUAAACAUUACAUGCAAAUUGAACAUUAAACAAAUCGCUUCCUUCUCAAGCCUGCUUAAGGAGUUUCAUUACAUUGUUCUGUUUUUCUUGGUACCUAACAACUUCAUGCCGGUGUCAUUUAAAACAGAUUUUAGCCAUUUCAGAAGUCUGCAAAAAUUAUCUGACAAUAAUGCACAUUUGGUUUCAGUUUCUGGUGAGUAACUGCUCCUUAAACAUGGUUUUGUGGUAACUUGUAAACUCAAGUCGGCUGCCGCACGCUGUGAAAGUCAGACUAGAGGAGUGAUGAGGUGGUUAUUGGUCCCAGGUGAUUCAGGACAUAAUUUUGUUGCUUCAUUUAUAUCUUUGCACUCUGCUGGGGCACAUUUUAAAGUUUGUGUUGCUUUGACUCUGAAGCCUUUGUCAUCUUCUUGCCAUAAUAAUCAUGCUUUUCAGAAAUUCUUCCUUCAGCCGAACAGUUCAGACUCCCAGCAUCUGGAGUGAGUCACCGGACCUCUUUUUGUGACACUUUGGCGAGCUUCAAUUAGAUGCAUUUUGAAGCAAAAUCCCCUUUGGAUGCUGCUGCUUCCUUUGAGAUAUUUGUGCUGUGGCCAGUAUUACAAUUCAAGCGUAUCUUCACAGAAAAAGAGGUUUUUUAGUCUUAGCAGUAGUACAACAGGGAUGCCUUAGACUUGGGGCACUUGGAUUGGCUUCAUCCUGGACUCCCCAUAGCUGGGCUUAAAAUAAUUCAAAAAGAAAUUGUGGGCUUCAUUAUGUCACAUGCUGAUCAUGCGCACCGAUUUUUUAGGUCUGUGAAGUCCCGGGCGUGUGUAAAUCAGGAGAAACAGGCAUGAAUUGGGAGAAACAAUCAAGAAAUCAGUAGGGUGAAGCUGUUGUAAAGUCAGACUAGAAGCGGGUGUGUUUCUUCUCUCCUCAGAAAGGCAGAGGCAUUCAGCACCAGGAAGGAUGGCAACCCAAAGGCCCAGUGAUGGGUGUUUCGGUCUCCUCCUGCUCUCAUUGACUUUGGUGGAAGGGAAGAUGGGAACAUUUGGGACUUAGGAGGUUAGGCCCUCAGUACUGGGUCUUAUAGACUGACUGAAAUUGGUCUUAUUUCUGGCCAUCACUUUCUCCCAUCUCAAUUUCUACCAAAACUCUCUCAGAGGUUUAUUUUCUCUGGAAGGAGAAGGUGUUGCAAGGGCACAGUUCACAUGAAAGUUAUUUUACAUCCAUUGAAAAACACAGUCACAAGACAGUCCUGGGACCAUGGUCAUCUGACCCUAACAGAGACGCAGUUGGGUCCAGAUUUGGGGGGUCACUGUUAACUUGAGCAGCCCAACCCUGCACCCGCGCUCUGGGGCUGCCCAGGGGAGCAAGGACUAUGCAGACCCCCGAGAACAUGGGUUUGGUCUUACACCGCAGCAGUCACAAUGAGGACAGAAAAAGCAAGUGAAUUGCAUGAUGGCAGGACAGUAGGCCUUUCUCCUUUGGCGUGAAAGUACUCCCCAGAGUUGUGGGUCAAAAGGCUCCACCGUGGGUGGCAGCUGCCGAUGGUUUUGCCUUGGGAGUCCCGGCUCUCAGUUUAAAUGAGAAGAAAAGCAACACAACGGAAAGAUGUUGAGGUUCCAGUUGAAAGACCUCCUGUCCAGAGUCUCUGGUGCCUGCAUUUGGCAUGGGGGGAAGGAGCAUUAUCAAUUAAAUCUCAAGCACAAGUUCGGGAAGUGGGAAAAUAAUUGGCCACUCCUGUGGUUACCAUGAAUGACUUCAUUGCCCAAAGGGAAAUGCAUUUCUGUUAAUUACUUCCUAAAAGUGCUCAUCCACAUGAAAAAAUAAUGGGCCUGCUUGCUCCCGGAACUUCAUUCUCUGAAGUGAAGGGAGCCCAUGUUUGGCUUUGGUAGCAAACAGCUGUUUCUGCCAUACAGUCUGUCGGCGUUACUACAGUGAGUACAACACGUGGCACUCGGGGCCGCUUUAACCUCACAAAGAUAUUUAAGCCCUGAAGGGUGUAGGCGUGGACCUACCUUGAAUCACCAAACUCACCUAGGUGCUUUUGCAAAUCCCAGUAGACACCUAUCUGCGUCCAAACACCUUUGAGCAUCCUUCCGUAGACCCAAACCCAUCAGGAUCAAUGGGAAGUCCCAUAUUGUCUGCAGCAAGCUUUGGAUUGGGUCCUUAGGCAUCUGGCUGGAUUUAAACAAUAUCUAUAUUCUCCGCAGAAUAGCGUCUUCCUUGAACAUCAUGUGUUCGGAUCACUAACAAACCUGUUCUGUGCCACCACAAUGACUGAGGUGCUGACAGCCCUGCCUGAAGCAGGUCUUAUAGCAGCGGGUUUUUCCCCUGAACACAGAGCUAAGUGUAGAAAGCUCUGUUCUGUUUUACUUUGCUAGGGAUUUGGGAUUUGCUUGGUUUUCCCUUCCCUCCAGAAACCAAACACAGUAGCCCUUGGGGAGGAGGGGGGCUCUCUCGCCAAGUCUCUCUGUAAAAGUGAAUGGCUGUCUGUCUGUGCACGAGGUCUGCCUGUCGGCAAAACGGAGUAGUCGCAGGUUGCUGUUCUGUACAAUUAACCAUUUCCACUUUCUGUCUUGCAAGCAGCACAUCGCACUCCUCUGCCACUAUAAUCUGCAUCACUGUUAUACUCAAGUCAAUGAAUAAAGUUCUGUGCUUUAUUCUUA